AUGGCGGAAUCUGCAGCUCCCAAGGCCACGUACACGGACGAUCCUGCCCUCUACAUCUACACCUCGCUGACCGCGGGCUCCUCGCACAUCGUCACCGCUACCUCGCGAAUGGAGACGAUCCUCAAAGCGAACCGCAUCCCGUUCAAAGCCAUCGAUCUCGCUACAGAUGAGAAGGCACGGAUGCUCUGGGGCCGGAGAGCAGGGAAGGAUGCGUCUGGACGGCAGCGAAAGAUACCAGGGCUGGUGCAGAUGGGACUUGUCAUAGGAGAUCUCGUAGAAGUUGAGGACUGGAACGAAUAUGGGGAGCUGAAGCAACAUAUCAAGAUUGUGAAUGCUCCUGGGUCUAUAGCCCUGAAGCCUGCAUUGAAGCAACCUGUUUCUGUGCCGGCGAAAACAUCUACAACUGCACCAGCAGGGCAGGAGAACAAGAAGCCGGAGCCGUUAGCUGCAGAGAAGACGAAGGAUGUCAAGGAGGCGGAGUUACCUACGAAUGCUGGACCUAGUCCAAUAUCUUUGGCAAUGAGACAAGUAGGCCAGGAAGCUGCUCAGAAGGCAAAGGAUAACAAGAAAAUCACAAAGCUAGUGGAGAAACCCAGUGAGCUUGGACAAGUGGAAGCUCCAAAAGAGGUGGAAGCUCCCACAGAGGCGGAAGCCCCCAAAGAGGCAGAAGCUCCCAAAGAGGCGGAAGCUCCCAAAGAGGCGGAAGCCCCCAAAGAGGUGGAAGCCCCCAAAGAGGCGGAAGCUCCCAACGAGGCGAAAGCUCCAAAAGAAGCAGAGAUCUCGAAAGAAGCAGAGGUCCCAAAAGAAGCAGAGGUCUCGAAAGAAGCCCCUAAAAAGGCUGAAAAAGCCAUACCAGCACCUAUUUCUAUUGCCGACCCCUCCCAACCAGAGAAGCGCUUGAUCGAAAGCAUAGCCUCCCUCCAAUCACCUACAUCAACCAUCUUCAAAGUAGUCGGAGACAAGAAGCAAUCGCCCCGCUACUCGAUCGAGAAGGUAGAUUCGGUCCAGUCCCCGACCUCUGCGGCGUGGCGACCUAUAGACGUCAACCCGUCAAUCCAGAUGCAGAUGGGGUCGCCUCUGUCAGAGGCUUCGCCGCUGGAGUUCAAGAAGAUCGAGGAGUAUGCGGUGAAGGAUACGGGCGGGGUGUCUUCUGAUGGCGAGAAUGGGCAGCCCAAGAAGACAGGUCAUUGCUAA